AUGAAAGCGUAUGUUGUUACACUAGUACUGGUGCUUUGCACCAUCCAGAUAUCGUUGGCCAUCCCACGGCCCGACUUUGGUAUCAAUGCGGGUGUUUACGGUAGUGCAGAUGUUUCCUUAACUGCGAAGGAUAGUGGUACAUUGAUUGAUAAAGUGAAUGAUAAUCUGAACAUUCAACUGGAUUCGGGCUAUCCUUUGCUCACCACUAUCAAGACCCAGCUUGUCGGUAUUGCCAACGAUUUCACCACCAAGGGCCUGCUGGUGUCUGGUGCGAUAGAUGCACUGGCUGUUAGCACCGGUCCUCUUAAUGAUGGGUUUAGCGCCUUAAAAACGGCCAGCGAUAAUCUGAUCGCACUGAUGAACACUGGAUUUGCUUCCUACUUCACGGCGCUUAACACAAACCUAGACAACUCCAUCACCAACAUGCUGACCGAUGCGUUUGAUGAUGUGAAGGCAGAGUUAACAAAGCUUGCCGGCUACUUAAACACGCUGCAAAGUCAGCUAGCGGCUGCGGUAACUGCAGCUGGUUCCAGCCCUCCAUCGAAAGCCAUCCUGCGCAAAUACGUGUCGACGACCGUGACGGCCAACGUCGCAAAAACUGUCACGUCGUUGAAGGCCAACAUUCCGCUGGUGACGUACAUCGUUGCAAACUCGCUCGAAAAGCUUAAGGAAGCCGAUGAUUACAUUUUCCAAGCGGGCGAUAUCGCGACGGCAGCGCUGGAUAGCGUCAACAAGGGCCUGGAAGCGCUUGAAACGGAAGUGCAGCAGUACAGUGAUGACACCAGCCAAAUUACGGCCGUCAUCGAUCCAGUGGCUCAGCCCAAUUUGGAUAUGACCGGUAUCGAUCUGUCCGGCAUUCCGUUGAUUGCUAGCGAAAUUAAUGAGUUCAAAGCAACGUACACGACGGAUCUGACCAGUACGAUCACCGAUAUCAAGGCCGCCUAUGCUACCUACAAACAAGCGGUACCGCUCGUAUCGGAUGGGCUUACUGCGUUCUACAGUAGCAGCGCAUGCAAUCACCUGAACCAGCUGGUAAAAGUGUUAAUCUCGAACGGAAAGUUUGCUGAGUACUGCUACAACAAGUACAGCCCGCGCACGUUCGCCCUGUUCGAUCAGCAAGCACGUGAAGUCGGCCGAUGUGCAGAUCUAGAAAUCACGCGUCUACUGAAGCUGCCACCGAUACUGCUUUCCAUCGCCCAGAUGCUAUUGUUCGACGUCGAGGAUUUGCUGGCAGAAAUCACGAUCUGCGUAAAAUCAUCGCAACUAUGUAACAAACUGGAGAUUGAGACUGCAUUCCACGCGGUGCACACCGCCGCAAAAGCGCACCAGGACUCGAUGAAGAACUAUGUCACCGCUGAAACUGUUGCCGGACUGCAGCGCGUGAGUGCCUGCUUUAGCACUUCCAAGUAUUUGCUAGUGAUUGCCAUCAACCGCAUGGUGACUGAUAUCAACAAUUGCGCAAAGGAUGGACCUCUGGCAUAG